AUGUAUGUGAAAUGGUUUGAUACAGUAAUGUUUUACUAUGUCAUUUUAGUGUAUUUAGUGAAUGUCACUUUUUCGCAUUUUUUAAUUUUCCGCCGUUCCGUCCCCGUACGUCCUGACGUCGCAGGGAACGGAACCCAGAAGACAGAUGCCGGCAUUGGCCGGAGGACAUGGCCGGGGACGCUGCAGGAUGGACAUCGCGGGAGAGCAGGACAAGGUAAGUGAAGAAGAGAUCCUGGAGCAGCACUGCAAAGUAUUUCCCGAGUGUAGCUCGGGGUUACCGCUUGUGCUACACUCGGGAAUACCUCCAGGGAGGUUA